UUUUCAGGAAAAGUACCAAUCUCAGGUUGCGUAAACAUCUCGUGCAAGCACUCCUAUUUCCAAUCAUCGACUACUGCUCAUUGGUAUACUGUGACCUGACCCAAGAACUUGACACAAAACUCCAGUCCAGGACCGAGAAAAUGCGAGAGAAAAGAGCAGUGGACAACGAGGCGAGGAAGAAGACGGAUGCGAGGAAGAAGACGAGACAACCACCGCCAGGACAGCCAAAAGCAGCCAGAGGACCGCGUCGGUCGCACGACCGUUAUUCAAAUGCAAAGGCGGAAUGAGACCAAAGCGGAACCCAAUUGUAAACACUUUUUACUAAAUGCAACAAUUGAUGCAUAUUAAGGAUCAUUUUGUAAAAAUGGAGAAAGCGCAACGUAGUAUGAAAAACAAAAUUAUAACAUUGGAUAGAAAAAAAUUAAAUUUUGAUUUUGAAAAGAAAGAAGAAUCAGUAUCUCCUUCUCUUGUAUCAAGAACCCGCAAACGCAUACGUUCAACAGCGAUACCAGCUUUCACACAGAAUCAGACUGACACUAAUAAUUUGCCAGAGUCUCCUUCUCAUGCAUCAAGAAAGCGUAAGAGGUCAACUUCAACAUCUCAAGGGACACCUGUUUUGACACAUAUAGAGACAGAUACUUGUACUUUGCCAGUGUCUCCUGUACUUGUAUCAGGAAGACGGAAUAGGACAAGUUCAACAAUGACACCUGCUUUCAAACAGAACAAGAUUGAUACUGGUAAUUUGCCAUUAUCUGCUAUUCAAGCAUUAAGAACCAGUAAACGCAUAAGCUCAACAGCGAAACCAGCUUUCACACUGAACGAGACUGAUGCUGAUAAUUUGCUAGUGUCUCCUUCACUUGUAUCAAGAACCCGUAAACGAUUAAGUUCAACAGUGACACCAGCUUUCACACUAAACGAGACUGAUACUAAUAAUUUGCCAGAGUCUUCUUCUCAAGCAUCACAAAAGCGUAAGAGAUCAACUUCAACACCUCAAGCGACAACCAUUUUAACACAUAUGGAGAUACCUGUUUCAACUUCAAAAAAGGCUGCAGAUAGUGGUAAAAUUCUAUCCUCUUCUACACGUCAAAAUCAUCCAAAAACAUAUUCAGUGUCUUCUGCUGCUACAAGAGAUCAUUUGCCAUUCUCUCCUGAUGUCACACCGACAAAGCUAGCACAGAAAUCUGUUGCUUCUACACCACCUACAUCGCGAAAUUCGCACUCAAAUCCAAUGAAACCACGUCGGAUAUUGGCAUUCGAGGACAAUGCAGUUGCAGGCCCAUCUGGCGUUAAUAGGGCAAAGAAAUCUAAAGAAGAGAAAACACUAACAGUUAGUACUAAGGGCAAAUUUACAAAGCAGGUGGAAAAGAAACGCAAGUACAAAAAAAAAUUAAAGAAUGUUUUUACGAUUCUGAUGACUAUUCUAACUCCGGGAUGGAGAAAAAAAAUAAACUCACAAAAUGGGAGGAUAUAAAAAUUGACGAUAAUACUGGGAAAAUAGUGAAGACUAAUAUGUUUCAUAUCCAUUACGGGGUUUCUGUACCGUACAAAAACUGGAAGAGAGCUAUAAAUGCUACAACUUCAUACAAAUUUUUACGUGAAUUAGUAGUACCUCACAUUUGGAAUUUGCGUGAAUUCGUACAAAGGGCUGUACAGAUAGAUAGGACCAACAGUCAAGAAGAAAGGGUGGAGUUAACUCCAAGAAAACGAGAAGCCUUAAAACGAGGCUACGUCCAGUAUUUACUUGAAAGAAAUUUUAUACCGUACGAUGUUUCAACGGAACGUGAUGCUAAAUCAAGAAAAGAACGAAUAAAUAAAUUUGGAAGAGAAUUGGGAGUCAUAAUUUGUCAAGAAAGAUCGAAACUGUUGAACAGGCACGAUGAAGAAGCUGAGGAUUCAUCACAUUCACCACGGGAAUCAGAUGAUACUGAUUCUUAAACCUUAUGUUUACACUUUUGAAUAUUAAGUGUUUACUAUAUUAUGCAUUCAAGAUGUUCAUUUAUUUUUAGAUAUUUUUAAAGUUUAUUUUGCGAAUAACGCAUAACUGCGUAGCUCUUAAUACGUUUCAUUUAUUUUUAAAACAUGUUUGUGAUACGUUAGAAUUAUCACUUUUCCAAAGAUAUGGAUUACAAUGAUCCUUUAUUUUUCGUACAUUGUUUAAGAUACAUUUAAAGUUUAUUCUGCGAAUAAUGUUUAACUGCGUAGCUAUUAAUACGUUUCAUUUAUUUUUUAAACAUUCCCUGCUAAAGAAAGGUGAUAAAAGUUGAUAGAAAUCAAUCAAAAUUCCUAUCGAUUUUGAGUCCAACUUUUAAUACCAUUUUGUGCAUUAAAACUGUAUAAAACGCGAUAAAAAAAAUUAUGUCAUUUUCGUGCAAGAGUAAGCAUCCCGAAAAUUACGUCAUUUCUAUAUACGUAUUAAAAUAAAGCAAAAAAAGACGUCAUUUCUAUAUGUGUAUUAAAAAUAUAGCAAAAAUGACGUCAUUUCCAUACAUAUAUAUAUUUUUAAAAAGCAAAUAAUGACGUCAUUUUUUGUUCCAAUUCCUGACAUGACAAAUGACGUCAUUAAAUGACGUCAUUCAAUGACGUCAUUAAAUUACGUCAUUGUUUUCAAUAGGGUAUAUGAUCUAAUUUUCCCACUCCCGUGCUUUCCAAUAGUUUCUGUCUGAAAAUGGUCUAGACAAGCGACUUACAACAUGUGGAAUCUUGAUACUUUUGAUUAAAUCAUCAAUAAGAUGCAGAUCGCAUUUAUCAAGCAGAUAAUUAGUAAUUUGCUUCGCAACAAAUUACAAAACCGUUGAUAAUAUCAAAAUGUGGUAAAUUAAUCAGAGGUGAUCAUCAUCAUGAUUACACAUUGAAAUAUCCUGAAAAAAUUAAUUAAAUAUAGAAUUUAUGUAAUUGAAUGUAUAUUAUCAUAAGUAAUUCAAGAAACAAUUAAGUACUUUAAACUAUUUAUUUGAACUAAAUUAUAAGUAGAUUAAACGUUUUAAACUCGAGUAAUUACUCUGUGCCAUGUUUUAUUCUAAGAAUACACAAUUUUAAAUGCGCUUUAUGCAACUUUUAUAUUAAAGAUUAGAAUAAAAUAGAUAAAUUUGGACUCGAUAUGA